CAUCCCAUCAAGCCCAAAGAAAGUCUGGAAUGGUAGGAUCUGCUGACCUGGGCAGGGGGUUGGACUAGAAGACCUCCCAAGAUCCCUUCCAACCCUAUUAUUCUAUGUUCUGUAUUCUACGUUCUAUGUUCCGUUAGCUUCACUGCAGUGUAGCAUCCACAGGAAGACUCUCCUUCCUGCUACCCUCUUAUUUUCCUCUUGCUUCCAUUUGGAUUAUUGGCUUCCUCAAGAAAUUCUAUCCCGCUGCCCCACAUUGCAGCCCAGAGAGAACGGGAAGGAGGCCUUGGCUUCUGCUGCAGGAACUUCACUCCUUGCUCUGAGCCAGACAGUCGCAGCCAAGGAGCAAAUUUCGGCACAAAGAAACCACACCGUCUGACCAUGGAAUUUUACCACUUCUGAUCUAGAUCCUGUUCGAAGGACACAACUAAUGUCUCUCUUCUUGAAUUUCCUUCUUCUGUUGCUGCUUCUAUGGCAUGUUGCUUUUGCUUUCUCUGAAUUGUUGUCUGAAAGCCAAAUGAACAGCGCUCUACUUUGCCAAGACCCACUAAUAGUUAUAUUCCAGGCUAUUUAGGGACAGACAAGGAAAACCCUUCCUUCGUGAUCGUUUGGCAAAAGGAGGCUCAUGACUCUGAACUCGAUGAAGCUGGAAGUCCACUUUCAGCAGAAACAGAAUGAAGACUUGGAUGAUGAAGACAUCUGUGCUCUUGGUGAACGAUGGGCCUCCCAAAGAAACCGCAGAAGGUGGUCCCAAACUGACUCAAAGGAACAUCUUGGAGAGAGCUUGCAGAGAGAUGCCGCAAUGAGGAAGUUUUCCAGCCAGGAAAGUGUCCUCACAGACCUCAGUGCUGACUUGGAGGCCAUUUCACUCCACAGUACGAGCAGCACCACCACCCAAGGUCUUGUGGCUGUGGCACCCCAUUCAUUAUCCACUCAGAACUCCCCAACUUUAACCAACUCUCCUGACAGCUUGAGUAACCAUUCUCCAGCAGCCCAGUCUCCAAAUGAAAGCAGCAAAGAAAAACCCAAGAAACGUCAGACACGGAGUUUCCUCAAAAGACUUGAAUCUCUGAGAAAGAAAGACAAGGAGAAAUUGGACUCCGCUAAAGCUCCAGAUGGGGAUAGAACUCACCUCAUGUCUGGUUGGAACUCCUCAAAGGAUGCCGGGGAACCUGUCUCUGGGACGCAGGUUGUAGUAGGAAAUGAAAAGCCACGUUCUUUCUACAGCACUAAGACAAUUUCAACAGGUAGUCGGACUAACCAGGCUCUGGCCUCAGUUAAAAGCAAGCUGCAACGUGAGCCCAAAUAUGGUAGUAUUUAUUUAGAGGAUUAUGAAACGAGUCCAAACAAGAAAUGGGAUGCCAGAAUGUGGGAUCACCAAAUCGCAUUUAAAAGAGAUUAUUUAUUCCACAUCCCAGGGGAUUACAAACCAGGCACUUUCCCCAAAUCUCUCUCCAUCGAAAGCUUGUGUCCCUUGGAGAGUGGCUGUUUGGCAGACUGGAAAUCGACCCCCAAAGCCUCCAGUCCUUUGGCAGGUGGCACUGGCAUCAGCUGUGGUGUCCAUGCGGUCAACUCUUCUCAUGCCCUGGAGCACCGACCAAGGAGGCCUUCAAGCACUUCCACAGAUAGCCGCACCAGCCUCUACGAUAACGUUCCUGACUUUGGCAGUGGAGACGAUCUCUUUGAUCUGGACCAGGAAAUGAUCUAUGAAAACCUAGAUGACAUCCUGCAUCAUGUUUGGGGUCUCCAGCAAAAAAUAGAGCUCUGGUCAAAGGCAGUGAAGUUGGAUAUGGAGGAUGAAACUAUUGGGGUGGAGGAAAGGGAGGAAACAGAUUCCGUAGAGGAGCCCACCAACCUGAACUUGGAGAACCACUCCAUGUCUGACAUUGGUACCUCCACCAGCGACUUUGAGAGCACGGCCAACUCUCUGAACGAGACUGAGGAGCCCGAAAUGAGGGAACGCAGAGACUCUGGCGUGGGGGAAUCGCUUACAAGACCUUGCAGGAAACUCCGCUGGCACAGUUUCCAGAACUCCCACCGGCCCAGUUUAAAUUCGGCCUCCUUAGAGAUCAACCGCCAGUCAGCAGCUCAGCUCAGCCUCCUCCAGAAGUGCUCCCUUCUCCGCCUCACAGCCAUCGUGGAGAAGUUCUCCGUUCCACACAAGCAGUCCUGGGCCUGGACUGUUCCCAAGUUCAUGAAGAGGAGCAAGCUCCCAAACUACAGGGGCAAGAUGGUCUUUGGAGUCCCCUUGAUUGUCAGUGUCCAAAGGACGGGACAGCCCCUGCCCCAGAGCAUUCAGCAGGCCAUGCGCUACAUCCGAAGCCGGUGCUUGGACCAGGUUGGCAUCUUCCGCAAAUCUGGUGUAAAGUCCCGGAUCCAGAACCUCAGGCAGAUGAGUGAAGCCUCUCCUGAUUAUGUGAAUUACGAAGGGCAAUCAGCCUAUGAUGUGGCUGACCUGUUGAAGCAGUACUUCCGUGAUCUUCCAGAGCCGGUCUUCACCGGCAAGCUCACAGAUACAUUUCUGCAGAUAUACCAGUUUGUGCCCAAAGAGCAGAGGCUGCAAGCUGUCCAGGCCGCCAUCAUGUUAAUGCCGGAUGAGAAUCGGGAGGUUUUGCAGACGUUGCUCUAUUUUCUCAGCGAUGUUGCCUCUUCCGAGGAGAACCAGAUGACGGUGGGAAACCUGGCCGUGUGCUUGGCCCCCUCCAUUUUUCACCUCAACGUCUCCAAGAAAGAGAGCGCUUCUCCAAGGUCGAUUCACAGGAGGGGCACUGUGGGGAAACCAGACCAAAAAGACCUGAAUGAAAACAUGGCGGCCACCCAAGGCCUCUCCCACAUGAUUGCCAACUGCAAGAAGCUGUUCCAGAUCCCCCAAGACAUGAUACUGCAGCUCAGCAGCUCCUACCUCUUGGCUGAUGCUCAGCCGCUCUCCUUACCUGAGCUGAUGGAGCAAAACCUGCAAGGAGAGAUCCAGGAUUCCCACCCAGUCUUGGAGGCCAGCAUUCGAGGCCUGCUGAAGGAGUCAUCCGAACACUUCAAAGGCUGGAUCGGCACGCUUGGCCCCCAAAACACGGAGCUCUCGUGCAAGAAGGUGGAGGAUGGGCAUCCCCUGCGGCUCUGGAAGGUCUCCACCGAAGUGGCUGCACCACCUCACGUGGUGCUCAAGCGGAUUCUCAGGGAGCGGCACUUUUGGGAUGAGGACCUUCUGCAGGGCCACGUGGUGGAGGCCCUGGACAAGAACACCGAAGUCUACCAUUAUGUGACCGAUAGCAUGGCUCCACACCCACGGCGGGACUUUGUGGUCCUCAGGUCGUGGCGGACAGGCCUGCCUCGUGGGAGUUGCCUCCUGGUCUCCUUCUCUUUGGAGCAUCAGAAGUUGCCACUGGAAGCUGGAGUCAGGGCCACGGUGCUCACCUCCCAGUACCUGAUGGAGCCUUGUGGAACGGGACACUCCAGAGUGACACACAUCUGUCAAACUGAUCUCCGAGGGAGGUCUCCAGACUGGUACAACAAGGUCUUUGGUCAUCUCUGUGCCAUGGAGCUGGUCAGGAUUCGUGAUUCUUUCCCAGUGUUCAAUCAGUGCGGACCAGAAACCAAGAUCUGAAGGAUGCCACCAGAUGGGUAGACUUCAAGUUGGAAUGCUGUUGGAGCAGAAUGUUGGAACUGAUCCUUUGUUUCAUGGAGUGCACCCUCCACCCUUUAAUUUUCCCUUUGCUUCUUUGUUUCAAGGAACAUGAGAUCCAAGUCUUCCUAACAAGCAUGUUCCUGUGUUAUGAUUCAGCAACAUGAUCCAGAGGUUAAGCUUUUUGCUAAGGGUUGCUUCUCCAUAAAUUAUCUCCAGGGUUAGAAGGAUUCUUUCAACACCAUUUACAAAAAGACACAAUUGUGAAGAAGCUCCUGAGCUCCUGCCUGCUUUGGGGUUCUCAGUUUGCCUCUGGUUAUCGUGAGGACAAGAUGUUCGAUAAUCUGGACUGAUCCUGCAAAACUUCUCAUGAUCUUCUGGGGAGUCUCUCAAUCCACCUAAGUCAGGGAAAGCCAGCUUUGAAAACCUUUUAAAGCAGGGGUGUCAAAGCAAAGGCCCACAGGCCCGAUCUGGCCCGUGGGGUGCUUAGACCUCGCCAGCGGGGCCGCCCUGGAAAUAGCGCAGGACCUGCCCACAGUGCCUCUGCCAGCGAAAACAAAGCUCCACUUUCACUGGCAGAGGGCUGCAGGAGGAUCCCCCCGGCCCCAUCCGGCCCACCACAGGUGCCCCUGACACGAGUGACAUUGAGCUGGUCAUGCCUUCCCUGCCCUGCCCCCCCCCCCAAGGUCAAACACAACCCUGAUGCAGCCUUGAAUGAAAUCGAGUUUGACAGCCCUGCUUUAAAGGCUUCGUCUGCUUUGCUGAGGGCUGUCCUCAGAUGUAGCAGGUACGGUGUUUUGGGGUCAGGAACUACCAUCCCAAAUCCAAGCCACUUUCCUGCAGCCUUUGAAAAAUAUCCUCAUCUGUUUUGAGAGGGUUGGGAAUUGGGGAAUCAGUAUUAGGCCCCGUCUCAGCACAAAAUACAGGUUAGUCCUCAAGUUACAACUGUCCACUUAGUGACUGUAGGUUGAGGACUACCUGUACCUCUUUGCAGCUUUUUAAUUGCAAUCACUGUUUCCUUAGCAGGUAUGUAUACCUGUGCGGUGCAAUACCUGGGAAGAACCAGGGGAAGAGUAGCAGAGGUGGAAUGAAGUCAAAGAUGGUGGGCUGGUCUCAUGUUUAAGCAUGAUGUGGUCUUGGAGAAAGGAAAGAGGAGCUCUGUGUGUCAGAGGCACUUCAGCGGGUGAGAAGUUUUUAAUACUGCACUUGACGGAGAAAGAGGGAUAGAUCAGAACACGUGUACGAAAAAGAGCCGGAGGUUGCAUCUUGGGCAUGGUGCCCAUGAUGUCUUCUUUGCUGCUCUGAUCCUCUUUUCAUCCUGACUUCCAUCUCUUCAGCGGUUUAAGGCCAAAAGGGAUUGAAAUUAUUCCAGGCCUUUGUCCUCUUUUGCUUAAGUGGAGGGAACAUUCUUUUUUCCAGGAGUCUAAUCUGUCAGCUAAUGAGAAUCCCCCAGUAAUUAUAAGAAUCAAGACAAUGGAGAAAAAGUUAGGAAUUCCCAGACUUCCUGCUUUUUUUUUCCUUCAGCAUAAUUUAAGGUUCCGUCCAGGUACCUGGAUCAAGGGUUGCAGGUUGUUAAGAUGUGCAAAAUCUUUGGGUCUUAAAACCAUCCCAGGGAAUUGAGGGAAACCUCUACUCUUUUGUAGCUCACAUUUCAUUUGAUGCUGACUGUUUUGGGGAGACGACAGUCAGCCUUUAAUGCUAGGGUUGACAAAGAGGAGGAUUAGGGAAGAUUAGCCUGUCUGUCUACGAUCUUGUUCAUCUCAAGUGUUUCAGGACCUCCAUCCUUAUGGUGGGAAGUAGGACAAAGGGAAAGGGAUGGCACUGGAACCGCAGAAUUCUCUGGGCUGCUGAGGCAGGAGAGAGACGGAGAGCUUUCUUCAGGCUGGCCCCUCCACUUCCCAGACACAGCAUGGCUGUUACACCCUGCGUAGGAGCACAAGUACAUGCCUGCAUUCGGAGAAUUUGACCACGAAGGAAGUGAAAGCCAAGUCAAGCCAAGAAUUAAAGCAAUUGCUUUGGAAAUGACCUCCAAAGAAGGAAGUGCCUGAGAACUACCGUAGCCAGAGAGCAUUCUGCCGUGUGUGGAAAAGGUGUGUUCUGUGUUUUGGGGAUCCUCCUGAGCAAGGGCACCAUAUCAUUUCUCCACUUAGCCAAUCUUGUGAUCUGCCAGGACCUCCUUUUCUGUAUUUCCUCUUAGACGCUGCCAAGGCCCAUGGGG